AUGAUACCUACACGACAGUGGACAAGGUCAGCCGUGCCUCGCGCGGCAUUGCGCCCCACGACUCGCGCAUGGAGCUCGCCCCGCCGCCAACAGUUCCCUCGCUUCCAGUCAACCUCGACCUCAUCAUCGGCCGCGGGCGGAGGCAACUCUCAUUUUGCAGCCGGUGCAGCCGGGGGCUUGGCCGGCGCCGCUCUCGCCUAUGGCAUCUACUCCUUCUCACCCGCCGGGCGGACGGCGAGCAAGCUCAACAAAGCCGCUCUCGAAGCCAACAAGAAGUACGAAGCCGCUGCGGAGAAGCUGCAGCAGAACACGCCCAGCGCCGACCAAGCCGUUGAUGCCGUCAAACACUUCGCCUACUCGUACGUUGCGUGGAUCCCUGGCGGCCGAGCCUACCUCGAUGCCGCCUUCAAGGACUGGGAGACCGUCCGUGAGAACCACAAAGAAGAGGCCGACAAGAUUGUCAAUGAUGCAUACAAGAAACUGCAGGACCUCUCGAAAGCCGGCCUGAACCUGGAGACGGCCUCCAAGGCCUACGAGUCCCUGCUCGACAUGUUCAAACAGAUUGCCGACCUUUCUGCCGACGCCAUCUCCGACAUCCUUGACAACCACCCUCAGGUCAAGAAACAAUUUGGCGGGAGCAUCGAGAAGCUCCAAGAUAUGGGCCGCAAUUACGGCCCCGAGGCCAAGAAGCAAGUUGACGAGACAUGGAGCCAGAUCAAGGACAUCUUUGCGGGGGGGUUCACCGCCUCUAACGUUGACAAGGCCCGCAAGCUCGCCGAGGACAAGCUGCAGCAAGUCAAGAAGCUUGGCGACGACGCGUGGAACAAGGGUCUUGAGCAGGCAAAGCCGUUUCUUGACAAGAACCCCAAGGCCAAGGAGCUCAUCGAGAAAAAUGCGGACGCCCUGAAGCAGGGCAACAUGAAAGAACUCUUCGACAAGGUCCGCUCUGCAGUUGACUCGGGCGAUCUGGGUAGCUUGAGCAAGUACGUCGACAGUGCGGUGGAUAAGGCCAAAUCCAAGGGCUCGGACAUGGCGAGCGGCUUUGGACUCGACAAAUAUCUCAAAAUGAUUACGCAGGAUGGCGAAAUCAUGCCCAAGCUGCAGCAGAUUGGCCAGAUUGCGGAAAAGCACAAGCAAGAGGGAGAAAAGCUGCUCAAGGAGACGAUUGAGGAGCUGAAGCAAGUUCUGGACAAGAAGUCGCAAAAAGCGCAGGAGAUUGUCGACCAGGCCAAGAAGGAGUCGGAUUAG